AUGAAGACUUCGAAGAUAAUGGAGAAAGAGAAGGUGACAGACAUGGUGGCGCAGAGGCGUGGAGGGGGGUGGUCCGAGAAGACUAUGCAGAAGCAGAAGCACACACACAAGAAGAAACACAAAGAGCACACAGAUUCUGCGGCCUCAACUCCACUGCAGCAGUGCUUGGGGCCUCGCUGUGUGUAUCCUGCCCGGCCGGGCUCGAAGUACUGCUCGGAUGCUUGCGGCAUGAAGCUUGCAGCUGAACGCAUCUAUGAGAUCUUGCCCCAGCGCAUCCAGCAGUGGCAGAACAGCCCCUGCGUCGCUCAGGAGAUCAACCAAAAAACGUUGGAGCAAAUCCAUCACGAGAAGCAGGUCACCCAUAGCCACCUGAAGCAUAUGGAACGCCAUUUAUACGAACUUGAGGCCAUCAUCCUGCGUGGCAAGCAGCAGACUGUGUGUGUGGAUGAGGAGGGAGACAAAACUGAGAAGGACCAGGCAGACCUGCAGAUCUUCUGUGUCUCCUGCGGGCGAGCCAUCAGAAUGCACUUGGCCCUGCGCCACAUGGAGCGCUGCUUUGCCAAGUAUGAGUGCCGGGUAUCGUUUGGAUCCUUGUACCCUACUUGCAUUGAAGGGACCACACGGCUCUUUUGUGAUGUCUAUAACCCAGAGAGUAAGAGGUACUGUAAGCGGCUCCAGGUGCUGUGCCCCGAGCACACUCGGGACCCCAAGGUGUCCAAAGACGAGGUGUGUGGUUGCCCGCUAGUGCGCAAUGUCUUUGAGUUCACAGGUAAUUUCUGUCGCCUUCCCAAACACCUGUGCAACCGCCACUACUGCUGGGAGAAGCUGAGGCGCGCUGAGGUGGACCUGGAACGCGUGCGUGCGUUGCACAAGCUGGAACAGCUGUUCGAACAAGAGCAAAAGGUGCGCAUGGCUAUGACCAAUCGGGCAGGACUCCUGGGGCUGAUGCUUCACCAGACCAUUCAGCACGAUCCUCUCACCUCUGACCUGCGCUCCCGGGCGGACAGCUGA